AUGGCGACGCGCAAAACCCUAGCAAGGAUCCUCUCGUCGUCCUCCUCCCUCUCCCAAACCCUGAUUCUACCCCCGCGCUCCCCCUCUCUCCUCCGCCGCAUCCACUCCGACCCCGGCGCCGUCCCCCCGCGCCUGCUCCAGCGCCGCCCCAUGUUCCACUCCGCCGUCUCCGUCCCCCUCCCCGCGGGCCCGUUCCCGGCGCUCCCCGUCGGCGACGAGCUCAUCGACCGGAUCCGCGCGACGACGCGUCGCGAUCGGAUCCGCCUCGACGGCCUCGCUCCGCCGCAGGAGGACGACGCGGCGGAGGAAGAGGAGGCGAUCGCGAUCGCCGCGGCGGCGGCGGCGGCGGCGGCGAGGAAGGCGGCGAGGGCGGCGGAGAUGGAGGCGGCGCGGGCGCGGCUGAGGGGGACGCCGCGGAGCUGCGUCGCGUACGGCGAGUUCGCGCGGAUCUGCGCCGAGGUCGCCGGCGCCGAGCGCGGCCGCGGCCUCGCCCGCGCCCUCGACGACGCCGGCGCCGUCAUCGUCCUCGGCGACGUCGUCUUCCUCCGCCCCGAGAUGUUAGCGCAAGCGAUAGAGAGUAUGAUCCCGUCCGUGAUGUCCCUGGGCCACGACGACGGCCACCGAAACAAAGAGCUAAAAGAGCUGGAGGACCAAAAGGCGGCGAUCGACGCAAAAGCGGAGGCCCAGGUGUGGCGCGAGCUUUGGGCCGGGCUGGGCCUGUUGACAUUGCAAACAAUUGGUUUUAUGCGCCUCACGUUCUGGGAGCUGUCCUGGGACGUGAUGGAGCCGAUCUGCUUCUUCGUCACGUCCCUCUACUUCAUGGCCGGAUACGCCUUCUUCCUCCGCACGUCCCGCGACCCCUCCUUCGAGGGCUUCUUCCACAGCCGCUUCGCCGCCAAGCAGAAGCGCCUCAUGCGCGCGCACAAUUUCAGCCUUGGCCGGUUCGACGAGCUCUCCAAAGCCCACCGGGGGCCCGGUUCACUCACCCCCGCUGCUCUCAAACACUCUUGUAGUAGUUCUUCUUCCGCCGCUGUUUCCUCCUCCUACUGUGAUUGCCACCGAAAAAGCAACCUUUUCAGCUAGCUCCGCACGCGGCUAUAAACCUAUGUAUUAUUAACUAACUAAUUAAAGAGUUUAAAAAAAAUUAACUUAAGAUGUCACUUUUAGAUGUUCUUUGGAGGAAACAUGGCCAAUUUGUUUGAACUUAUCCAACACAAAAGGUUCUGUUUUUAUGUGCAAAAGAUCCCGGCACUUAAAACAUAAAAAUUGGUUUUUUU